AUGCCGCCCGCACUCAAGUCCCACGACCCCUCACAAUUUGGCAUAUCGGAUUUCGAGGAGUUGAUGAUCCCUACGCCUGAUGAGGAAAAGCUUUCAGCAUUCUAUAUUCGAGCACCGCAGUCGAGGAAGAGAAAGAAUGUCACAAUGCUCAUGUUUCAUGGCAAUGCCGGGAAUAUCGGUCAUCGAAUUCCUAUCGCGAGACGAUUCAUAAACAUUGUGGGAUGUAGUGUCUUAAUGUUGGAGUACCGGGGUUAUGGUCUCUCAACUGGAUCACCGGAUGAGAAAGGUCUCAUGAUAGAUGCUCAGACUGGGUUUGACUAUCUUCGCAAAAGAGCAGAGACGAGAGAUAAUGAUAUUGUGGUUUACGGACAGAGUCUUGGAGGUGCCGUAUCAAUACAAUUGGUGGCUAAGAAUCAAAACGACAAAAGAUUAGUGGGUCUAGUAUUGGAAAAUACUUUUCUAUCCAUGAGAAAGUUGAUACCAUCGGUCAUUCCACCAGCUAGAUAUCUCACUUAUCUAUGUCAUCAAGUCUGGGCAUCUGAUACAUACCUACCCUCCAUUACCGAAGUUCCUAUCCUCUUUAUUAGUGGUCUCCUGGAUGAGAUUGUACCACCUAGCCACAUGCGCCGCCUUUUCGAGAUCUGUCAAUCACCGACCAAAAUAUGGAAACCUCUUCCUGGCGGUGACCAUAAUUCCAGCGUCGUCGAAAUCGGAUAUUUUGAAGCCGUAGCAGAUUUUGUCCAGAACCUAGACACCAAACACGGUUAA